GCAGAGGCGGAACCAGGCUGCACAGCAGGGAGGCGGAGUUUGGAAUUCAGCUUGCGCAGCGGCAGCCAUGGCCCUGCGGCAGGAAGUCAUCGCUGGGCGCGGGCGCGGCAUGGUUGCAACGCGAAUGUUACGAGCAGGUGCGGUCCUGCUGCGGGAAUCACCUCUCUUGUUAUACCAGGAAGCGGAAUCUGCGGAGAGCACGGCCUUUUGCAGCAACUGUAUGCGAGUGUUGUCGCUGCCAGGUCGGGAGAAAGUGCCGUGCUCUGCCUGUGAUGGAGCCACGUUCUGUGGAAAAUCCUGUUUCGAAUCGGCCCGGGUUGGUAGUCAUAACACGCGAGUUUGUUCAGGGAUCGCUAUGCUGCAGAAGAGUAAGGACAAGUUUUCUUUGGAGCAUCGAACGCUGGCGCGGUUUCUGAUCGCGGCAUAUAAUUUGGCGGUGGAGGAUCCGCUAGCGUUUGCGAAAUUGUUGGAGUUGGAAGGGCAGGAGUGUGAUGAAGAGGUGGUGAAGAGUUUGCAUGAUUUUGUGGUGGAAAUUUUCGGUAAAUUGGAUGGCGGGGCUUCGUUGGAGCUUUCGUUGGAGCUGACAGGGAAGUUAUUGGCGCGAGACGCUUGCAAUACGUUUGGGCUAAUGGCGCCUUCCUGUGCUGGAGAGGAGAGGAAGGUCCGGGGGUAUGCGAUGUUUGCACAAGCUUCUAUGUUUAAUCAUGACUGCCUGCCCAAUGCUUGUAGAUUUGAAUAUGUAGAUAUAGAUGGAGACGGAAACACAGAUGUCAUCGUUCGUGCUCUGCACGAUAUGGAGGAGGGUACUGAGGUGUGUUUGAGCUAUUUUCCUGUUGAUUGGCCCUACGGAGAUCGGCAGCAGAAGUUGCAAGAAGAGUAUGGAUUUUGGUGCACGUGUGCUAGAUGUAAUGUGGAAUCGAAAUGGAAAGACGAAGAUGAAGAGCAAGACGAAGAAGAUGAAGGUUAUAGCAAUGGAGAACUAGAACUAGGUAAAGGAGAGGCUACAUUGGAGGAUGUCGAGAGUAUUGACGAUGACGAUGACGAUGAAGAUGAUUUUGGCCACGCCAUGUUUUUCGUAAAAUACCUCUGUCCUGUGGAAGGAUGUGGAGGCACCAUGGCGCCCUUACCUCCAGGCGAAUUGGAUCACCAAGGGCUAGAGGGAUCCAUGGAAUGCAACUUCUGCGGAUGUGUGAGGUCGGACGAGGAGUUCCACCGUGAUCUUGAAGAGCACGCAGUGGACGAUGACUGAACAUGAAGGCUUGUCAUACAAUGCACAUUAGCUUAUAUGAAACGCUUUAUUCUUUAUUGCUUCUUGUAUCUUGUAGUAGCUAUGAGACAAUAAGCUUCAAUUGAGGUGCUUCAUGAGAAUGCUUUCAAGUGCUGCCCCUCAGUAGUGUCCUUGCUAUGUGCGACUUUGAACUAAAUCUGUUUGUCUUCAGCUAUGGUAAGUUUGGUAAAUUAAAUUGAGUUCAUCUUCCGUCUAA